AUGAUGCUAUUAGUAGAAGAAUUAUCAUAUUAUGAAGAUUUUUUUGUUCGAAUUGUUAAAGUUCCAUUUAUUAAUAAUGAAAUAGAAAUGAUAAUUAUACUUCCAAGAAUUCGUUUCGAUUUACAAAAUGUUCGCAAAAAAAUGACAGGAAAAAAUUUAAAUCAUUACAUCAAACAUUCUGUACCAGCUAAAAUUAUGUUAACAUUACCAAUAUUUGAAUUGGAACAAGAAAUAAACAUGGAAGAUAUGUUAAGAAAACUUGGCAUUGCGGAUAUUUUCAAUGAAAAUGCUAACUUCAAAGGAAUUAGUGAUGAUCCAAUCUCUAUUACCAAUAUUAUACAUAAAGCAACAUUUCAGAUGAAUGAAAAAGGAGUGGAAACUAAUGCAAUAUCUGAAUUUAAAUCCACUGAUAUUACAUGUGAAAAUUGUAUAACAUUCACUGCUGAUCAACCAUUUUUAUUUUUUAUUGUUCAACGCUCAGAAACUAUUUUGUUAACUGGACAAUGUGGCCGAAAUUGUUUUUUUUAG